AAAGGCCCUCUGCACAAUGAUCGGUAUUUCCCGAUAAUCGGAUUCGUUGAGGUCAUGGCCGGCCGUGCGGACAAAUGCACCACUCUGGUCCAGUCUCUUCCCGCCUCUUCAGUCGAAGAGGCUGAAUUGUCGUUCCAGUUUAGUAAAGAGGAGCACACCCAGGGCUUUUGGGUGGCUCUUCGACGCCACUGGCCGGCAGUCGCUUGGGGUCUGUUUAUGAAUCUGGCGACUAUCCUGAAAGGUAUCGAUGGCGGCGUCGUCAAAGGCCUGGUCGGUCUCGACACUUUCAAAGAGACCUACGGAUAUCAGUACAAAGGCACCUACAUUAUCGCCGCGCAGUGGCUGUCCGCCUUCCAGUAUGCCAAUCUGCUGGGUGCGAUCGUGGGCGCUCUCUGCUCCGGGUUCGCCUACGAUCGCUUCGGUCCGCGCUGGAUGAUCGCAGCCUGCUCGGUGCUGUCCAUUGCAUUUAUCUUCAUUCAAUUCUUCAGCCAUACCCCGGCCCAGCUGUUUGUCGGCCAACUCGUCAACGGCGCCAUCAUCGCCUUUUACCCGAUCUGUGCGUCGGCAUACGUCGGCGAAGUCACGCCGCUCGUGCUUCGGGGCUUCGCGGCUACCAUGACAAAUUUGGCCUUUUCUAUAGGCUCGCUGAUCGCAUCCGGGAUUCUCAAGGGCACUGAGUCCAUGCAAAGCACCUUGGCGUAUAAGAUCCCCAUUGCGACGCAAUGGGCGUUGCCCUGCAUCAUGCUAUUCCUAGUCGGGUUCUGUCCCGACCCACCGUACUGGCUCUGCCGCAAGGGCCGAGAUGAUGCGGCCGCGGCAUCGUUGCAGCGGCUGACUACGCGAGGGGUGGAUGUGUCGCGCAAGUUGGCGCACAUUCGAGAGACGCUGCGACUGGAGGAGAGUUUCCAGGGAGACCGGCCACACUACCUCGAGUGUUUCCGGGGACCUAAUCGCCGGCGACUCCUCAUCUGUGUAAUGGCAUAUAGCAUGCAGGCGUUCACCGGAAAUGUGUUCUUCAUCAACUACGCCGUGCACUUCAUGGAAGUCGCGGGCCUCGAUUCGUCCGACGCCUUUUCCAUGAACCUGGGGCUCACGGGCAUCGGAUUCCUGGGGACGUGUAUCUCCUGGCCGUUAUUGUCGUACGUGGGGCGUCGCAUCAUGUACAUCUUCGGCUGUUCGACGUUAGCGAUCCUAUUGUUCAUCAUCGGGGCGGUUGAUCUCGCCCCGCGAGAUACGCAGACGACAUGGGCGCAGUGUGGCAUCAUGCUCGUCUGUACGCUGGUGUACGAUGUCAGUCUCGGGCCUUUCUGCUACGUGCUGCUGGCGGAAGUGUCAUCGGCGCGUCUGCGCGGCUUCACGAUUGCGCUGGCCACCGUCAGCUGUUUCGUGUGGUCGGUGGUGUUCGCCGUGGUGAUUCCGUACGCCAUGAACGAAGAUCAAGGGGACUGGAGAGGCAAGAUAGGCUUUCUCUUCGCCGGCACGAGCGUCCUCUGCGCCGUGUAUUGCUUCUGCUGCAUGCCCGAGACGAAAGGCCGGACAUUUGAGGAGCUGGAUAUCUUGUUUGAACGGAAGGUGCCGAGUCGGCGGUUUCAGUCGUAUAAGAUUGACUUGGAUGUCGACGGGAGAAGACUUGAGGAGUAGAUUGUAGAUAUCAUCUCGGUCGAUGUACAUACAGAACAGGCACAUAUGAAUCUAUCCC